GUUGAGUGUCCGGACUUUUCGAGCGUCAUGGUGUCCGCCAUGAUCUCAAUGCCAGAUAUGGAGAAACUGGCAGUGCUAGCAAAUAACUUCUCUAUGGCUGUACUCGAUUUCCCAUUGGUUCUAAAAAUAAAAAGCACAUAUCGACACAUAAAGAUGGUAGAGAAAUAUUGGGAUGAAAUGAAGGAAAGGUCAGAUUUUCUAGGACAAAGGAGCGGUCGCACCGGCCAGUUUUCGAUGUAUGAGGUUUGGAUGGGAGCCCCAAGUCAGGCAGGUCUAUUUGGCAGGCGCUCUGAGAAGCAAAGGAUGUACCCGUAGCGGUAUUAGAGAUCCAGAUCGCCGACGGCCCGUCGGUGCAAAAAGAUCCCGAGACUGACCAUUAGAGAAGAGUCACCGACGGACAGCCUUUCUCUGCAGACAGCAUCAAGCAUGGAUAAUGUUGUCGGGGCAGCAGCACCCAAAACAUGCGAGCAGCACUCAGAGCUAGGGCGUGUACAGAAAAUGAAUAAACCAAGCUGAAAAUAAGUAUCGAAAUUUUUCUAGUAUAUG